CGUCGCUGAUCAUCAUCAUCAAUCAUCAGCAACGGCACACGCGGAUCGCAUUGUGGUAAUAGUUUAGUCGGCAAUUGAAAUUUCGAGAUUAUCGUUUACCUAUAAUAUCAAAGAAAAGUGAUAAAAAUAUUAUAAAAUGUCGACAGUAGCCAGUCCUCUAGUUGUUGGCGGUAUUCGACAGUCUGGGGCUCCAGUAAGAACUCAAAAUGUCAUGGCAGCAUGUGCAAUCGCUAAUAUAGUGAAGAGUUCUUUGGGUCCUGUUGGCUUGGAUAAAAUGCUUGUAGAUGACAUUGGAGAUGUUACAGUUACUAAUGACGGAGCAACUAUUUUACGUUUGUUAGAAGUUGAACACCCAGCUGCAAGAGUUUUGGUAGAAUUAGCUCAACUACAAGAUGAAGAAGUUGGCGAUGGAACCACAUCAGUAGUAAUAGUUGCAGCUGAACUAUUAAAAAAUGCUGAUGAGCUUGUAAAACAAAAGAUUCAUCCAACAUCUGUAAUUAGUGGCUAUAGGCUUGCUUGCAAGGAAGCCUGUAAAUAUAUUCAAGAACAUUUAACUGUUAGUGUAGAUGAGCUUGGAAGAGAUUGUUUAGUUAAUGUAGCAAAAACUUCUAUGUCCAGUAAAAUCAUUGGAGCUGAUGCUGAUUUCUUUGGAAACAUGGUUGUUGAUGCUUCAAAUGCAGUAAAAGUUAGUGAUGGAAAAGGAGGAUUUAUAUACCCUGUGAAAGCAGUUAAUGUUUUAAAGGCUCAUGGGAAAAGUGUUAGAGAGUCUGUAAUAGUGCAGGGUUAUGCACUGAAUUGCACUGUAGCUUCUCAAGCAAUGACUAAAAGAAUAGUUAAUGCAAAAAUUGCAUGUUUAGAUUUCUCUUUGCAAAAGACGAAAAUGAAAUUAGGAGUUGAGGUACUGAUCACAGAUCCUGAAAAGUUAGAAGCAGUGCGGCAACGUGAAGCAGAUAUUACAAAAGAGCGUAUUCAAAAGAUUCUUGCAGCGGGUACAAAUGUCAUUCUUGUAUCUGGAGGAAUUGAUGACCUUUGUUUAAAAUAUUUUAUAGAAGCUAAAGCAAUGGCAGUUCGUAGAUGCAAAAAAGCAGAUUUGAAAAGGAUUGCAAAAGCUACAGGCGCCCAGUUUCUUACUUCUUUAACUAAUAUGGAAGGAGAAGAAAGUUUUGACUCUAAUUUCCUUGGAGAAGCUGCUGAAGUAGUACAAGAAAUGGUUUGCGACGAUGAGCUUAUUCUUAUUAAAGGGCCAAAAGCAAGAACAGCAAGUUCUUUGAUAUUACGAGGACCAAAUGAUUACUACUGUGAUGAAAUGGAACGAUCUGUGCAUGAUGCAUUAUGCGCAGUAAAAAGAGUUUUAGAAAGUAAAAGUGUGGUUGCGGGAGGAGGCUGUGUUGAAGCAGCACUUUCAAUUUAUUUGGAAAAUUUUGCUACAUCACUCAGUUCUCGAGAACAAUUAGCUAUUGCUGAAUUCGCAAGAUCAUUGCUGAUUAUACCGAAAACAUUAGCAGUUAAUGCGGCACAGGAUGCUACAGAUCUUGUUGCAAAAUUACGUGCUUAUCACAAUUCCAGUCAAACAAAAGCAGAUCUUGCUGAUCUAAAGUGGGUUGGUCUAGAUUUGCUUGAAGGUACCAUUAAAGAUAACAAAAAAGCUGGGGUAUUAGAACCAGCAAUUUCGAAAAUAAAAUCUUUGAAAUUUGCCACGGAAGCAGCGAUAACUAUCCUUAGAAUCGAUGAUAUGAUUAAACUAGAUCCAGAACGUACGAAGGAUAAAUCAUACCGCGAAGCAAUGGAAUCUGGUGAAUUGGAAGAGUAGAAUUAAAAUGGGUUUACACAUCUUUUUCCCAUGAUUUGUUAUACCAGAAAGAUUAAAUUAUUCUUCACUUCAAAUACUAUUUCAUAAUUUAAGUAAUAAGGAUUACAAUUUAAUAUUAACGCUCAUGAAUGAAUUUGCUGGUAAUAAAUAAAAUAAAGCUUUCACAUAUAAAAA